GGCGGCGAGAUCGCGGUGCCGCCGGCGGCCGAGGAGCCACGGCGGGCGGCAGGGGCAGGGGCAGCGGCAGCGGCAGCGGCCGGGCGUGUAUGAGCAGCGGCACGGCCGGCGGCGAGGGCGCGCCCGGCCCCCGGCAUGGCCCGGCUGUAGGCAGCCACCCCCCGCCGCGCCCCGUCCGUCCUAUGCGAGCCGCCCCGGCGCCAAGAUGAAAGACGAUUUUGCAGAAGAGGAGGAGGUGCAGUCCUUUGGCUACAAGAGGUUUGGUAUUCAGGAGGGGACUCAAUGUACCAAGUGUAAAAAUAACUGGGCACUGAAGUUUUCCAUCAUCUUAUUAUAUAUUUUAUGUGCCCUGUUAACAAUUACAGUAGCCAUUCUGGGAUAUAAAGUUGUAGAAAAAAUGGACAAUGUGACAGGUGGCCUGGAAACAUCCCACAGAAGAUAUACAGAAAAGCUCACAGAGGUGGAGAGUGGUCUGAAGAAAUUAGAUGACCAAGCUGGACAAAAAGCCAUGAAUACUAACACUGAACUGUCUAGCUUCAGAUCUGACAUUCUGGCUCUUCGUCAGCAGCUGCAUGACAUUGCAGAGAAAACUACCAGAAACAAAGAUACACUGGAGAAGCUGCAAGAGUCUGGAAAUGUGCUAGAUGAUAGACAGAGCCAAAUGAGAAGUGCCUUAGAUAGUAACUCUUUCAUGAUCAUCAGUGUCAAUAAGACUCUUCAGGCAUAUACUGGCUAUAUCAACAAUCUUCAACAAGACACAAGCGAUAUCCAAACAAAUUUGCAAAACCAAGUGCAUUCUCAUAAUGUGGUCAUCAUGAACCUCAACAACUUAAACCUGACACAAAUACAGCAAAGAAAUCUUAUCGGUGUCCUACAGAAGUCAAUGGAAGAUACGAGUUUGGCUAUUCUAAGAAUAAAGAAUGACUUUCAAAAUCUGCAGCAGGUUGUCCUUCAGGCCCGGAAGGACACUGACUGGCUUAAGGAAAAAGUACAAAAUUUACAGACUUUGGCUGCCAACAACUCAGCAUUGGCAAAAGCUAACAAUGAUACACUUGAAGACAUGAACAAUCAGCUCAGCUCUUUCAGCGGGCAAAUGGAGAACAUCACCACAAUUGCCCAAGCCAACGAACAAAAUCUGAAGGAUCUCCAGGAACAGCAUAAAGAAUAUGAAAACAGAACUUCUGCCAAAUUCAACCAGCUAGAAGAGAGGUUCCAGGUCUUUGAGACUGAUAUAGUUAAUAUCAUUAGUAACAUCAGCUACACUGCUCAUCAUCUACGGACACUGACCAGCAAUCUCAAUGAGGUCAGGACAACAUGUACAGACACCUUAAGUAAACAUUCAGAUGAGCUGAUUUUUAUGAACAGCACACUAGCCAAUAUUCGUUUAGACUCUGCAUCUCUGAAGAUGCAACAGGAUUUGAUGAGGUCAAGGUUAGAUGUUGAAGUUGCCAAUUUGUCAGUAAUCAUGGAAGAAAUGAAGCUGGUAGAUUCCAAACACGGCCAGCUCAUCAAGAACUUCACUAUCCUACAAGGCCCUCCUGGUCCAAGGGGACCUAAAGGUGACAGAGGCCCACAAGGCCCUCUUGGCCCUGCUGGCCUAAAAGGACAAAAAGGAGAAAAAGGAGAGCCUGGACCACCAGGACCUGCAGGUGAAAAGGGUCCACCUGGGCCAAUUGGGCCACCAGGAGAAAAAGGAGGGAAAGGUUCAAGAGGAUCACCGGGCUCCAAAGGUCAGAGAGGUUCUCCUGGCAAGACGGGUCUGCCUGGACCAAGCGGAGACCCAGGGCCACCAGGGCCACAAGGCAAAGAUGGUCCACCUGGGCCACAAGGCCCACCAGGAUUUCAAGGCCUACAAGGAACUGUGGGAGAGCCAGGAGUACCAGGACCUCGAGGACUACCUGGGCUACCUGGAGUCCCUGGGUUGCCUGGCCCAAAGGGCCCACCUGGCCCACCAGGGCCACCAGGUCCCGGGAUGCCAAUGGCACUACAGAGUGAACCUACGUCGGUGCCUGAGGCUAACGGUUGUUCUCCUCAUUGGAAGAACUAUACAGAAAAGUGCUACUACUUUUCAAUUGAAAGAGAAAUCUUCGACGAGGCAAAGUUAUUCUGUGAAGAGAAGGCAUCACACUUGGUUAUCAUAAACAACAAAGAAGAACAGCAAUGGAUAAAAAGGCAGAUUUCAGGGAAAGGCAGCUUCUGGAUUGGACUUACAGAUUCAGAGAAGGAAAAUGAAUGGAGAUGGCUGGAUGGAUCCUUACCAGAUUACACAAACUGGAAAAACGGGCAACCUGAUAACUGGAGCCAUGGGCAUGGGCCAGGAGAAGAUUGUGCUGGGCUAAUCUAUGCUGGGCUCUGGAAUGAUUUCUACUGUGAAGAUGUUAACAAUUUCAUUUGUGAAAAAGACAUGGACAAAGGGCAAAUAUUUGGAGCGUAACAGGCUGUGACUUUACAGAUACCUAUGUAUUAUGGAAAUUUACUUCAAGAAAAAGAAAAUCCAGGGAGAGAGCAACAUUGCCUACAAAAAUUGAAAACAAAACAAAACAAAAGCAAGCACUGAAAACUGGUUUAAAUGCAUAAAGGAAUUCAGCAGCAAUUCUUCUUCAGCAUCCUACAAUUGUUUGAGGCCUUUCUACCCACAGCAUCAGGAAAUACUGUUGGACUAAUUCUGUUAUAGAUUUUCUUCCCAACCAGUAACCACAUACAUAAGCAACUUUUGUCUUCUGGAAGAAGACAUUCUGUCAAUCUGAGUAAGACUGUUGGCCACUCAUCUAUAGAAAAACAUAUAAAGCAACUGUGUACACAGUAUGUUUCAUUCGCUAAAAUCCCAAAUGUAGGAAAAUUAUACAGAUACACGAAUAUAUAGAUUUAUAUAAAUAUAUAUAUAUAGUCCAACUCUUAUCAAUAAUAUGGAAUAUACUUUUAAGAGCUUUUAAAACUUUGUAUUUUUGUACAAAAUAUUUGCUUUUUACAAUUGUUCUCUUUUUUACUGACUUUUUUUUUUUUAUAAAUAUAGUGCACAGGGGCCAAAGAAAACAAUAAGGUACUAAUAAAUCAUUAAGGUUUGCUACCAGGCCUAGUUCAGCUAUAGAGAAAUAUUUUUCCAGGUAGAAAUAUUUGUACUUUCCCAGAUGACUUGUUCUGGACAAAUAACUUUUUAAACAGAUUUUAGGUAGUGUUUUUCUUAUUUUACGCAAUCUAGUCUGCGUGUGUAACAACUAAGUUGACUAAGGACUAGAUACUCAUUGUAGCUCUGAUUUCAGUCAGUGUUCCAUCAGGGUACUCUGCAAAGACCAUGUUAAUAAAAGUUUUUUCCUUCCUUCUUUCUUGCCUUCCUGCCUACCUUCCAGCCUUCUUUCACUCAUGAGGAAAUGCUACAAAAGUUGAAAUGUUUUCAUUCCUUCGUCCUCUUGCCCUAAUAGGUGCUACCCACAUUGUAAGUCAAGGCCAGGGGAAGGAUUUUAUGGAAACAGAAACAAAAGAGCUGCACAUACUAAAUAAAAUAUGUUUCUUUUCAAGAUAGAUUUCAAAAUUUGGUAAUAAAAACAUGCCAUACUCAGAAAAGUCUUGCAUUUCUCCAAAGUACUUUGUAAAUUGAUCUCUCUAUUUUCUUGGACCAGUACUUCUCUCCCAAACAAACUAGAAAAUAAAAUAUGCUACAAACAGAAAGCACUGUGGCUAAAUGAGAUGAUAUCAUCAACCAGACAGUUUCCUCCACAGUCCCAUGAGCCGUUGUCUAGGCAGCAGUGCUGCUUAUCAGAAAUUAAAAAAAUUAGCGACACGUUGAAGUUCAUUAGCAGAAACCCUGGUUUUGGUUCACAGUUUCUAUGCUCUUCGUAUGGCCACACUCUAUACCACAAGGGAAGUUGUUUUGGCUUCUUCUGCUGGAGAGUUGUUUUUUCCUUUGCCUCCUGACCUGCCGUUUACCUUGGCUGAAUGCAGAUGAGUUUGUUGAAAUAUUCCAGCUCUGUUGGAAGGAGACAAGGUUUUGUACUUCAGAUUUUCAAAUAUUGCUCCUAAGAACAUCCAAUUAAAGGCUGCUGCUUUCCGAAAUCCCACACUCCCUCCAGUGUUCAUUUUUUUUUUGGGGUGAGGGUGGGGAGAGAACGACUUUUAAAGUACAAUUUACUUAAAGAAAAUGCACAAAAUGUUGCAUUUGGGAAUCUGUCCUGUGGCAUAUACUAGAUGCGAGACAGGAACAAAAUGAAAAUUGCACAUAUAUAAUUAAAAGUGAAAGGUCUGUGUAUUGCAGCUGCACAGACCAUGUGUCUCCAUCUUGGAGGCAAGGCCUUUCUUGAGAUGCACUGCUUUUCCCGAGGCUUUUCUGUUGGCUUUCUCAUCAUGUUUCAUGCCAAACGCCCUGUCAUGUUGGCUCUAGGAGCUGUGUGUAGAUGCAUGCUGUAGUGUUUACAUAUAUAUUGUACAAUGUCUAUGGAGAUUAUGUUAAGCUGUUAUAUUUGGAUAACGAGGUCCAAAACUAUUACUUUGCACGCUCAGAGAGCCUCACAAACCAUGGUGAAUGAAGCUUUGCAGAGCUACACUGGAUUAGAGAGCACCUCCAUCUUCAUUUUGGAUGUUGGUGCAUUUAGGUAAAAUAAGUCCAUCUGAGCAUCUACCAUGUUAGAUGAAGCUCUUUAUGCUUUUUACUGUUGUGAUGGACCUAUAUCCACCCAAGAAGUUCACGACAAACCUCUGUGUAAGUCCCAGAUAAACCAUUUUCUCACCCUGAUAUCAUCCUUCUCUUCCUUGAGCAAUAGGAGUGAUGGUACAUUUCAAGAUAGGGUAAUCCAAGAGUCACCUCAUGCCCUCCACUCCUUCUAAAGAGGUUUUCUGUGCAGAUCAACAGCCAUAGCUGCACUGCAAGGUUACAGGAAUGGCUGUUCAUCAGCCAGAGCUGCUUAGCUUGUUGAAAUCUAGCAUAGCAGCUAAGCUAAAUCACAGGCAGUUGGGUGGUCUUCGCAUGGAAAUAACCAUUGAACUAGGGCAGUUUAAAAAUGCAACAUGUUUAUAAAUUAAAUACUUAUUUCAAAGUGAAUUUCAAUGCUGGGUUGUAAUUAUCUAUAAUAAUGCUCUAAUUAUCCACCUCUAACUGAGAAACAAAAUGUGCCUGCUCUAAACUCUCUGUGUAUUUGAAGCAAAGACUGUAGCUGUUAGUCAAAACUGGCUGGAGAUGGAUGCCACAUUUGCAUGCCUAGUGCAUUCAGUCAGCCUUAAAAUCUGGCUUGAGCAGCCAGGAGGGCUGAGACAGACCAUCCUUCUGACCCGGUGAUCCUGCAAGAGGGAAAUGGAGGUGUCAAAUGGCAACAAAGAUUGAAAUCACUGGGAGAACUGGGAGAGCGUUAAGGCAGCUCGGGAACCUGUCACAGACAGAAGAGAUUGGCAAGGAUGCAAGCAGGACACCAGAAGGGGCCAAGAAAUCGUCACAAAAGUCAGAGCUGCCACAUGGGGUCUGGAAAACAUCCCUGUUAAAUCUGCUUUCUGUAUGGCUUGAGUGAUAGCGCAGGUUGUAUGGAAAGUUUUAAGUGAUAGGAAAUCAUUUUGUCCCAGCUAGAGUUUUGGCUUUCCUUCUUAUGCGCAAGUACUGUAACUUGGCAUACUGAGUACACAUUUCCAUCGUUCUUUUUCUCAUUUUACAUCGAACUAAAUGCAAGUUCAUAUCCCCUGGCAAGCACUCUGAGUGUUGCAGGAAAGGGAGAGGAAGGCAGAGGGGGUGCAAAAUCAUUUGUGAUUUACAUCCAGUGCUGGAUCUCUUAAGUUCAUUUCUGACUCAUUUCAUUAAUUUAUUUUGAAUCACCUUCAGCUGAUUGGAGCUUAUAAAUCUCAAAACUUUCAUCCUCUUCGAUGUCUAUAAAUAACACCUGCAGUUGUUCCAAUAAAGGAAGCACUAAGUGGAAAUGUAGAACCGAAUGGUGUUUACUCCUGCGCGUGCUUUUGUAACCAAGAGACACACUGAGAGCUGUGUCUACAAACAGCCAGAAGCAUUCAUAGGCAUUAAAAAUCAAAUUGGUGCACAUUA